AUGACUGAUUCAACAUUAUUAGCUAAAGCUCGAAAAGCUAGAUUUGAUGAUCUACCAAAUUUCUCUGGACAUCCUUCUGAGGAUGUCGAACGUUUUUUAAAAAGCAUUAAAAAUAUUACGAAGGCUAAUGAUGAAUCAGACAACCAUGAAAUUCUCGAAAUCGUUCGUGGCAAAUUAAUUCAAUCAGCAGGAUUAUGGUUUGAUAAUCAUGAACAUGAUUUCAAAAAAUGGUCAGAUUUUGAAAUUGCAUUUCGAAAUCGUUAUUUCUCAUCAACAAUGAUUCACAAGAAAUUCGAUUUAUUAAAACAACGAAAACAAUUACAUGAUGAACCGGUUACAUCUUAUUUUGAUGAUGUUGUUAAUCUAUGUAAAGAAAUUGAUCCACACAUGUCAGAACAAAUUAUAAUUCAACAUUUAAUGAGUGGAAUUAAUCCUGAUUUUCAGAAAGAACUUUCUCGACGUAGAUUAUCUAUGAAUACAUUAAACGAGUUUUUAAAAUAUACUAAAAUUGAACAAGAUUUAUAUGAUACAUUUGAAAAAUUCCAUCGACUAUCAAUAGAUUCUAUAAAACCUAAUUUUGCAAUCAAUCAUCAACAAAUUCCUUCAUUGACAAAUAUGAUUGAACCACCAAAACAACAAUAUCAGUUUAUCAAUAAAAUUAAUCCUCGUUCACAUUCAUUUACAACACAGAGAUCCGAUUAUAAACGGAACUCGAAUUAUCAAUAUGAACCUCGAUCAACAUUUACACCUGACAAAAACAAUCAGCAUAAUUCACACCAACAUGAAUUUAAAUAUAAAAAUUAUAUUAAUAAACAAUUUAGAUCACGACAGCCAUCAUUUAAUCAAUGUAGAAUAUGUGGUCGACAAAAUCAUCGAAGAAUUGAUUGUUUUCAUAAACAAACAACCGGAUGUUUUAAUUGUGGCCAAAAUCAUACUGUUCGUGACUGUACAAUGCCUCCAAGUUUUCAGUAA